AUGUCGGAAUCGGAAUCGGCAUGUGUCUGUUGGCAGGAGGUUACAGAAACGCAGCCGAUGGAGGCCGGAGUGUGCCUCCCCGACAUCCAUGGCGAUAAUAGCACUGGCCUGGGCCUUAAAGUUAAGUGGCAUCAAAGUGGAUUUCUCGAGAAGUUGGGGAAGUUGGCGGCGCAACCGCACGAUUUCAUUGGCCCAGAGCGAAUUACGGUUGCCGAUCUCUGUUUCCAUUGGCGCAGGUUGGUUACCCGUACGCAGCUGUGA